GUUUCCCCGCGCUUUACCCCGCGUUCAGAAGUGGUCUCCUUGUUGCCGCGAAAUAGUUUAGGAAGGGGGAGUUCAGAACUUUCACCUAACUUACUUGAUCCAAAAUCCAUCAUCAUCGCUACCGAAACAUUACUCAGAACCCACAAUGCAGGAAGUGAUAUCCCCCAGCAUAAAUCCCCGGCGGAAGCGAGCCAGCAAAGCUUGUGUAGCCUGUCGCUCUCGCAAGGUCCGGUGCGAUGUCACCCAUAGACCACAUCAGUGCACCAAUUGUGCCCUUGAUAACAUUCAGUGUGUUGUCAAAGACAGACGCACCAAGUAUCGCAAACGGCCUCCAGUCGUUGUUGAAAAACAGCAGCGGACACAGUUCAGAAACAGCUUGCAGGUCCUUCUACCAAAAGACCCAAGCCUUCCUGCAUCAGAUGAUGCAGAUUCGCCGAAGGAUUCAUGUCUAGAGCCGGGGCUCUCAGUAGAAUGUGGUCCCGAAAGCCCAUCUAUGUGCUUUGAGGCAAUCUGGGAUCAAGCUGAGAUAGAUUACCCUGUUGAAAGACUCAUUCAGGGUCCAGCAGAAGAAACCGAUAAAGGACCUGGCAAGUUUGAAAUGACUAUAAACCAUCGCAAAAAUUCUGAUCUCACAAUUAUCUCAGAAAGUCCAAGGUUCCAUCAAACCGAGCCCAAGCCAACCUCAACCUCAGAUGCGAAGCUAUGCAGUCAAUCCCACAUCAUAUACUCCUAUUAUUCUUUUCUCGAUCUUGAUCUCUCCGGAUUAUUACCCGAUGAUAUAAACUAUCUUGAGGCCCAGGGCUGCUUUCGAGUCCCAACUCCAGAGGCUUUAGAUGAGUUCGUUAAAGAGUACUUCUUACAUGUUCACCCAGCGCUUCCGCUCUUGGAUGAAGCCUGGUUCUGGGACAUUUAUGGACGACCUAUACGCUCCAGAUCAAAUUUAUCUCUCUUUGUUUUUCAAGCCAUGCUAUUCACUGCAUGUAGUUUCCUUCCUUUUUCAACUCUCCGAAGUCUUGGAUUUGCCUCAGUACACAAUGCAAGAGACACGUACUACCGUCGCAGUAAGCUCUUGUUCGAUCUUUGUAGUGAGAGGAACCUUGUGUCUAGCGCGCAGGGAGCACUUCUACUCUCUUAUAAUGGAACAAUGAAGGACCGAAAACGCACCAAUUCUAUUUGGCUCUCGACUGCCAUCCACCUAGCGCAGGCCGCAGGUGCAGAUCAAUUUCAUACGAGCUUGAACCAGAGUUUGACUCCGGUAACUGAGUUAAAACGCCUGUGGUGGUGCUGUAUAUUACGGGAUCGAAUUUUGCCUCUUGGUAUGCGAAGACAAUUACAUAUUACGUCGCUCGAUCUAGCUCAAGGGAGCUAUUUGCCUACCGAGAAAGACUUCGCACGAGAGAUUGACGGGUCUCGGGUCUAUGGAUCACAGACAAAACGAACCCUAGUCCGGUUAUUUAUCACGCUAUGUGAGCUGGCUGUUCCGCUCACUGAUGUCAUUAAGAUCGUCUAUCCUACAGGCCGCUUAACUGGUGUCGAGUCCCCAGUGGUCUGUGACUCUCAACAAGCAAGCAAAUCCCUGCAGUCUUGUGAAGCUGGCUUGGAGGCUUGGUUUGAAAGAGCAACUAUUCAGUUUCCAACCCCUGCUGGUAUCAUAACUCGCGAAGAAUCUCUUGUUUUGUACACAAACUUACUAUAUAUAUACUAUUACGCUGCUUGCUUUGCACUGUAUCAACACAAGGCCUUCAUUAUCAGUCAGGGGCUGGCAGAAGCAACUUCAGAACUGCAACAAACAAAAAGCAGAAUUGAGGAUGCUGCCCUCGGAAUUACAGAAAAUCUCAAAGAACUUAUCCAACUGAGGUUGGAAAGGUUCUUGCCAAUUAGCAUUGCUGCAUAUAUCGCUGUUCCACUGGUGCUACAUAUCCUUGAUGUUAGACUUGCAAAAAGGCCACUACAGAUAGCCCAGAAGCAAGGAAAGCUUAAUGUAUAUGUUGAAACAAUGAAGGCUAUGCAGAAGCUCUACGAUGGAGUUGAUGAUGUAUGGACCUUUAUCAGAACGGCUAUCGAUUAUGCAACUGUACAGGAUGCCGAACAUGAGACCGUCUCCCAGAACGGUCAUAGCAGAAAUGCCGUUCAGUAUCUCGGAUUAAAGUCGCAACUUAUCAACGAUAGCGAGUAUGCCAAUGACUGGGGUAACGUCCUUGUAAAAGAACCCGUUCUAUACUUCCGGCUUUCUCGAACUAUUGACCACUCGUUAGCUCUCGGGCGAUACUCAGAGGACUCAACGCUUGGCCUCGCUGCAACUCGUUCAGCGCGUUUGCCAUCUCCUAGACUAUUUUUCAUGGACAUGGGUUCCCCGGAUCAAAACGUCGAUGCUAGCACUUACGAGCAUGAUAAGGCUUGUGCAGAUGGGGAUAAAGCGUCCGAGGAGGCCAGCCAGGAUCAGUUUUCACUGACAACUCAAAUGCUAGAGGAUAUAAAUGAGUUUGUCACCUAUGACUUUGGAAUCGAUGAUCUGCAGGUUCCAAUAGAGUUUGACAGGUCUGAGCUGGAGGUUGGAGAAGUUGAGAGCUCUAUUGUAUAGUAAAUUAUGAAUGAGGCUUUGCAUUUUCUUCUACUUCAACAGUGCAGUUAAUUUUCAAAAU